AUGGCCAAUUCCGUCAACGGCCGGAACCCACGCAAGGGACGGAUCUUGGGCUUCAUUGAUGCCAUUCAGGAUGCUGUGGGCCCCCCCAAACAGGCUGCUGCUGACCGGAGGACUGUGGAGAAGACCUGGAAGCUUAUGGACAAAGUGGUAAGAUUGUGCCAAAACCCAAAGCUUCAACUCAAAAAUAGCCCACCUUACAUACUUGACAUUUUACCUGACACUUACCAACAUUUGCGACUUAUCCUGGGCAAAUAUGAUGACAACCAGAAACUUGCACAGCUCAGUGAGAAUGAAUACUUUAAAAUCUACAUUGACAGCCUCAUGAAAAAAUCCAAACGGGCUAUAAGGCUCUUCAAAGAAGGAAAAGAAAGAAUGUAUGAGGAGCAAUCACAGGAUAGGAGAAACCUAACUAAGCUGUCCCUCAUCUUCAGCCACAUGCUAGCGGAAAUCAAGGCUAUUUUUCCAAAUGGCCAGUUCCAGGGUGAUAACUUCCGUAUCACCAAAGCUGAUGCUGCGGAUUUCUGGAGGAAAUUCUUUGGAGAUAAAACUAUAGUGCCAUGGAAAGUGUUUAGGCAGUGCCUUCAUGAAGUUCAUCAGAUAAGCUCUGGUUUGGAAGCAAUGGCUCUUAAAUCUACUAUUGACUUGACCUGCAAUGACUACAUUUCAAUUUUUGAAUUUGAUAUCUUCACUAGAUUAUUUCAGCCAUGGGGUUCAAUCUUAAGGAACUGGAACUUCUUAGCUGUAACACAUCCUGGAUAUAUGGCAUUCCUGACAUAUGAUGAAGUAAAAGCAAGAUUGCAGAAAUACAGCACAAAGCCUGGGAGCUACAUUUUCAGACUGAGUUGCACUCGUUUGGGACAGUGGGCCAUUGGAUAUGUGACUGGUGAUGGGAACAUACUGCAGACCAUACCUCACAAUAAGCCUUUGUUUCAAGCAUUGAUUGAUGGCAGCCGGGAAGGAUUCUAUCUGUUCCCAGAUGGACGAAGUUAUAAUCCUGAUUUGACAGGAUUAUGUGAACCCACACCACAUGAUCACAUAAAAGUCACCCAGGAGCAGUAUGAACUGUACUGUGAAAUGGGUUCCACUUUUCAGCUGUGUAAAAUCUGUGCAGAGAAUGACAAGGAUGUGAAGAUAGAACCUUGUGGACACCUUAUGUGCACUUCUUGCCUUACAGCGUGGCAGGAAUCUGAUGGCCAAGGCUGUCCUUUCUGCCGCUGUGAAAUCAAAGGGACCGAACCCAUCAUUGUGGAUCCCUUCGAUCCAAGGGAUGAAAACUCCAGGUGCUGCAGUAUUAUUGAUAGCUUUAGUAUGCCUAUGUUGGACUUGGAUGAUGAUGAUGACAGAGAAGAGUCUUUAAUGAUGAAUCGUUUGGCUUCAGUCCGGAAGUGCAAUGAGAGGCAGAAUUCACCAGUGACUUCCCCAGGAUCCUCCCCUCUUGCACAAAGAAGAAAACCACUUCCCGACCCUCUGCAAAUCCCACAUCUUAGUCUUCCACCUGUGCCUCCUCGUUUGGAUCUUAUUCAGAAGGGAGUGGCACGGUCACCAUGUGCCAGCCCAACUGGAUCACCAAAGUCUUCUCCUUGUAUGGUGAGGAAACAAGAUAAACCUCUGCCCGCACCACCACCUCCCUUGCGUGAUCCUCCACCGCCCCCACCAGAGAGGCCUCCUCCAAUUCCACCAGACAACAGGAUAAGCAGACACCUGCAUCACCCAGAAAGCAUGCCUUCCAGAGACCAGCCAAUGCCUCUUGAGGGCUGGUGUCCCAGAGAUGUCUUUGGGACAAGUCAGCUGGUAGGAUGUCGAGUAGGGAGUGAUGCUUCUCCCAAAGCAGGACUGACUGCAAUUUCCAACAUCAAUGGAAGGCACAACCGCCUAAGUUCUGAGUCAGGAUUUAUGAGGAAACACAGACGUCAUGAGCUGCCUGCUGAAGGUGCCAAGGUCUUUUCAAAUGGUCAUCUGAUAAAUGAAGAUUACGAUGUCCCCCCACGGCUUUCACCCCCUCUUCCAGCUGCCUCCAUCACCCCCAGUAUAAAGUGCCCUAUUCCUUCAGCAAAUCCUCUGUCUGACAAAUCAAGGGAUCACGCAGAUGGUGAUGAUGAAUACAAAAUUCCAUCUUCACAUCCGGUAGUACUGAGCUCGCAGCCAUCUCAUAGUCAUAAUAUGAAGCCUCGGGUGUGUGAGAAUGGUCAAUGUGCUGGAGUCAUGAAUGGAACACACAGUGCUGCUUCUGAGGUGAAGAAAUCCAAACAUCCAGAGUUAGGUAUGUUUCUUUCAGGAGAUGUCUGUGAUGCACCUACUGUUCCGGUACCCUUGCCACCUGCACGACCUCCUGCCAGAGACAACCCAAAACUCAGCUCUUUGCUCAACAGGACACCCUCCGAUUAUGAUCUUCUGGUGCCCCCUUUAGGUGAAGAUACGUUUGAUAACUCACCCCCUUUACUGCCACCACCCCCACCACCUGCUCGGCACAGCAUGUCUGAGCACACAAAACCUGCUGGCUCAGGAAGCAGACCUCCCUCAGGACAUGAACUGUUCCUUCAUCCUGAUCCUCAUUUUGACCCAAUAUCUGGUCAUGUUCCUUUGCCACCUGCUCGUAGAGUAACUGGAGAAAACGUCAAAACAAAUCGGACAUCUCAAGACUAUGAUCAACUUCCUCCCUCUACAGAUGGUUCACAAGCACCAGCCAGACCCCCUAAACCACUUCCUCGGAGGACUGCACCAGAAAUACACCACAGGAAAGCAUACAGCUCUGACAGUUCCACGGAAAAUGUGGAUGCAAAGAUCGCAAAACUCAUGGGAGAGGGCUAUUCCUUUGAAGAGGUCAAGAGGGCACUUGAAAUUGCCCAGAAUAACCUUGAUGUGGCACGUAGUAUUUUAAGAGAAUUUGUCUGUUUUCCUCCACCGGUCUCCCCACGUCUCAAUCUAUAG